AUGUAUUUUUUAUAUAUUGUUUUUUUUUCGGAGAAACCAGAGCCGGAAAUUGUGGAGACCCCCGAGCCGGAGCCUCCGAAGCAGGUGUCCUUGCUCACCGGCGAACCCUAUGGACCUCGAAUUCGUCUUGUCAGUGAGAAAGCCGAGGAGGAGAGCUCGGACGACGAGCCGGAGUCCGACGCCGAGGACGAGGCCAGAUAUCUUCAGGAAGAACAUCGGGAAGUGCCUUCCGAAUUCUGGCACAUACAGAAGCUCAUCAAGUAUAUGAAGGCCGGCAACCAGACCGCCACUAUGGUAUCCUUGUGUUUGUUGAAGGAUUACAAUCUCACCGACAAGAUUAUACAGAAGGCCAUUCAAGAAAUGGGCGGUCUCGAAGUUCUAGUGAAUCUUCUCGAAACGACCGACAUCAAGUGUCAGAACGGUUCGUUGUCGGUUCUAUUGCAAAUCGCGAUUUCUACGGAGAUGAAACGAUAUUUAAUCGACUUGGACAUUGUGACGCCAUUAAUCGAAAUGCUGAAGCAUCCCGCCAGAGAUAUCCAGAUUUUAGCAGCCGAAUUAAUGGCCAUUAUAGCUCGUAUUCGAAAAGCCAGAAAACAGAUCAGAAUUCGCGGCGGAAUAUCGCUCAUAUUAGACGUAAUGGAUGUGCCAGAUGAAGUUCUUCGCCGGUCGUAUGACGAAUUGAGCGAGGUCAACAAAGAACUCGUGGCCGUCGCCAUAGGUUGCGCCAAGGUUUUAGAUUCCUUGGGCAGCAGCCCGAAGAUCAAGGAGGAGCUUCGCAAAUACGGUGUCGUUCGUUUGAUGUCGCGUUUUCUGAGAUCGAAACACACUCAACUGAUCGUACCCACGAUGGGCAUCGUGCAGCAGUGCGCUGAUCUGAAUGUUUUUAGAGAGAUGUUCGAGCGAGUGGGCAUCAUCAACGACUUGGUGCGACAUUUGAAGAACGAGAACGUGAAACUGAAGGAGAACUCCGCCCUGGCCAUCUUCAAAUGCGCCUCGAAUCGGGAAACUCGGACGAUGGUGCGUCGAGCCGGCGGUCUGGACCCACUUUGCAAACUCGUGCAGAGCGACGAGGUGCACGCCAACAAGCGCCUGCUGGCCGCGGUCACCGGCGGCGUCUGGAAGUGUGCCAUCAGUCCGGAGAACAUUGUCAGAUUCAAUCAGAACGGUUUGGUAGCGUCGCUGGUGCCCCUGCUCGAGGAAAACGAGGAUGAACGGGUGUUGGCCAACGUCGUGGGCGCCCUCGCCGAAUGCUGUAAGGAUCCCGCUAACAGGGACGUCUUGAGGACCAACGAGGGUCUACCGAAACUGAUUAGACUGUUGAGCGCCACGUACGAGCCAUUACUGGAGAACGUGCCGCUGGUGCUGAAAGAGUGCGCCGUCGAUGAGAGAUGCAUGGACAUUAUCAACGACUCGGAGCACCGGCUGGACGGCGUGCGACUGGUCUGGUCCCUGCUGAAGCACUCCAGCGACGUGGUCAAGCGUAACGCCUGUCUCGCCCUGGUACCCUGCAUCCGACACGCCAAGGACUCGCCGGAGAUGGUGCGCGCCUUCGUGGGCGGCUUGGAGCUCACGGUCAGUCUGCUGGAGAGCAAGGACACGGAGGUGCUCAGCGCGGUCUGCGCCAUGAUCGCGGAGAUCGCUACCGAUCCUGAGAACCUGGGCAUCCUGACGGAUCACGGCGUCGUGAACAAAUUGGCCGCUCUUGUGCAAACUGACAAUGAGAAUUUGCGCGCUAAUCUGACAUUGGCGAUAGCUUAUUGCUGCGAUUGGGAUCGGAAUAGUUACGAAUUUGGUAAACUAAAUGCCGUUGCGCCGCUCGUUAAUUACAUGACCAGCAAGAACAAGAACGUGUUGAAGGGUGUUUGCAUUGCCGUGUACCAUUUGAGCAAGGAGCCCUUAAAUUGCGUGACCAUGCACACCUGCGGCGUUAUCAAGCACGUAUUGCGUUUGGUGGGCUCGGACGAUCCAGAGGUACAGAUCGCAGCUGCAUCCACUAUUCGUCACAUAAGAAAACUCGCGUUGACAGCAGAGAAAUUCCACUUCAAAGAAAUGAGCUCGUUACAGGAAAUCGAUUUCCGUUUGUGAAUAACAUGAGUUAUCAGCGAAAGAGAGAAAAUGAGGUAGGAAGAAGAGGAAGUGAUAUAAAAUAAACACAGAUUUAUUGCAGUGCGUGUAUAGUGGUUUAUAAUUUUUGUCAAUAUUUCUAAAUUUACAAUUUUGUUUAAAACCCGUAAUAUCCUCCUCUCAAUAACAAUCGGUAACACUGUAUUAUUAUGAAGAACUGUAAGAGUGACGGAAGAUACAGAAAAAAUUAUUUUUAGACUUUCAUAAGAUUCACAAAUGGAACACCGACUUGGUCGGACAUGUGGUUAUUAACUAUUAAAUUGUAUAAGACAAUGGCUUAAUUUGAGCAAUAUACAUGUAUCCUAAGCUUGUUUCUCUCUAUAUCUCAAAAUUGAAGCUAUUUGAGGAUGUUGAUAGAGAAUAUACUAUAUAAACGUAAAACGACAAUCGCAUGCAAGUUACAAUCUUACAUAUAUAAUGUACAAAUUUAAGCUAUUUUGUGCGCGUCGUUUUAUUGACGACUCGUGAAUUAACUAGAAGGCAUAAUUCCUGAUUCUCAGAGAAGUUUCGCCUUAUCGCGGUAUAACAAUUGGAUGGCAACAUUUGUCAUCAAAAAUUUUAAAUUUUUAGUUAAAUUAGAUUUAUCGACGUAUCUUUACGUAUCUGAACAUAUCAUAUAUUGUUUCCGAUUGGACCUUGGGGGCACCUUUUAUAUUUUUAAAUAUUUAAAUCAUCCUUACCAGCUUCUUAUCAACAAUACCUGAUAAACAACUUACCUAGUAGUAAAACAUACCUAGUAAAAGCCAGUUUCACCAACAUUGAUUUUAUCUAUUUCAAUUUGUGAGACACCGUAAAUAUUUUAAGAUAAAAAAUUGUUGAAACAUUAUCAACAUAUAAUCAGUGAUAUAUUUGAGUGAACGGUUAUUUUGAAAAAAAAAAAAAAAAAUAAUAA